ACUGUGCAGCUGAAAAGCGCGGUGCCCAGAGUGCCGGCCGCCGGCGGAGCGACUGCCCGGGCCAGCCCGAACCCGGUCCUAGCCCGAGCCCCACAAGAGCGGAGCGGGCCCGGUGCUCCAGGUGCCCGCAGCCAUGCUUGCCGGCCGCGCCGUGCGCACCUGUGCGCUGCUCGCCCUCUGCCUCUUGGGCAGUCGGGCCCAGGAUUUCGGGCCGACCCGCUUCAUCUGCACUUCGGUGCCAGUGGACGCCGACAUGUGUGCCGCGUCCGUGGCCGCGGGCGGCGCGGAGGAGCUUCGGAGCAACGUGCUGCAGCUCCGCGAGACCGUGCUGCAGCAGAAGGAGACCAUCCUCAGCCAAAAGGAGACCAUCAGGGAGCUGACCACCAAGCUUGGCCGCUGUGAGAGCCAGAGCACCCUGGACGUGGGUCCUGGAGAGGCCAGGUCGGGCGGCGGUCGCAAGCAGCCCGGCUCAGGCAAGAACACGAUGGGCGACCUGUCCCGGACGCCGGCCGCGGAGACGCUCAGCCAACUCGGGCAAACUUUGCAAUCCCUCAAAACCCGACUGGAGAACCUCGAGCAGUACAGCCGCCUCAAUUCUUCCAGCCAAACCAACAGCCUCAAGGAUCUGCUGCAGAGCAAGAUCGAUGACCUGGAGCGGCAGGUGUUGUCUCGGGUGAACACUCUGGAGGAGGGCAAAGGGGGCCCUAAGAAUGACACAGAGGAGAGGGCCAAGAUCGAGAGCGCCUUGACCUCCCUGCACCAGCGGAUCAGCGAGCUGGAGAAAGGUCAGAAAGACAAUCGUCCUGGAGACAAGUUUCAGCUGACGUUCCCACUGCGGACCAACUACAUGUAUGCCAAGGUGAAGAAGAGCCUGCCAGAGAUGUACGCCUUCACCGUGUGCAUGUGGCUCAAGUCCAGCGCGGCACCGGGCGUGGGCACGCCCUUCUCCUAUGCUGUGCCUGGGCAGGCCAACGAGCUCGUCCUCAUCGAGUGGGGCAAUAACCCCAUGGAGAUCCUCAUCAAUGACAAGGUGGCCAAGCUGCCCUUUGUCAUCAACGAUGGCAAGUGGCACCACAUCUGCGUCACCUGGACCACCCGGGAUGGCGUCUGGGAGGCCUAUCAGGAUGGUACCCAGGGCGGAAACGGAGAGAACCUGGCACCCUAUCACCCCAUCAAACCACAGGGUGUGCUGGUGCUGGGCCAGGAGCAGGACACUCUAGGUGGAGGGUUUGACGCCACCCAAGCCUUUGUGGGUGAGCUGGCGCAUUUCAACAUCUGGGACCGCAAGCUGACCCCUGGCGAGGUGUACAACCUGGCCACCUGCAGCAGCAAGGCCCUGUCCGGCAAUGUCAUCGCCUGGGCUGAGUCCCAGAUUGAGAUCUUUGGUGGAGCCACCAAGUGGACCUUUGAGGCUUGUCGCCAGAUCAACUGAAGGCUUCAGGCUAGGGCUGAGCCCCCAGCCCCCACGCCUGCCCACCCUGCUUGUGCGGUGACGACCCAUCGUCUCUCUUCUCCCCCCCCCCCCCCCCCCCC